CUUGAGCCAAUACCACUGUGACCCGCGGCGUCUGCUACCCUCACAUUCCUCGUCGAAAGCUGCACGCCGGUUCCUAUCGUCUAGUACCUGUUCGUCAACAACUGCUAUUUUGCCAUGGCAGCGUCUAGACGCGCGACGUCCAGAAACUCACAACGCUACCAACCGUAUAAAGAUGCCAAUGACGGUGGCAUUCGGGCAACUCGUUCAAGUUCUGCAGAUCAUGGAGCAAGUCGUCUCGUGGGGGUGGGAUCAGCACCAUCGCUGACUGCAUCCUCUGCUGUGGCAUCGGUCGAAAAAGAAGAAACAUUGCGCGAGGGCCUUAUCGAGAUGGUCCGCAAGCUAUAUCCUGGGAUCAUCCCAAGGCACGACUAUGACCUCUGUUUAUUAGCAGAGGGCGACUACAAAGGCCCUCUGUCGAGUGAACAAGUCUAUGCUUGGUUGGACGAAUUCAUUCGGGCCGACGCUACUCCCUAUGCCGGGCAACCCUGCCCUUCUCUCAAAGAAGCUACCGCACUGGUCAAUGUGGGCAGCGCGGAGUUCCUUGAGAAACCGUCAUCUCUAGUGACCGGACGCAAACCUCGUCCUGGCGAGCGUAACGUCUUCGUUCGACCUAUCCCCAACUGUGCCUACUCGAUCCGGCUGUUCCCCGGCGUUUCCGACCACCACGAAUUCUGCCUCGACUUCGUGCAUACCAAGACAGGGAAGGCGACGAACUCGCCCUUCGAAUGCGAGCUAUGGUCAAUGCCUGAUCCGAUCACGCCGUGGCUAUCAAAACCACCGAUGAAGCUCAUGUCGCUCGAGAACUGCUUCGGUGUGCGGACGCCCGAUAUACGACCUGGCGAGGAGAAGUUCCUUCUCAAGGAGGGUGUGAUGUACUUGCUGGUGCGUCCGGGAAAGCGGGCUGUCCACUUCACGGUUCCUAUUCCUAGCAAGGCACCAGCUGAACUGGACGCCGAUCCGCUUGAUCUGCCGAGAACGUUCGAUUGACGAGGUGUGUCGCUGCUUGGGCGCCAUGGUCGACGCAAAUGUCUUGUCCGUAUUGCUGUCUACAAUCGUAGUGAACAAACAUGGAGCGUAUACCCAGAACAAUUCCAUUGUCGUUGCCUUGACCUGUAGACGUCAGUGUUCCAAGUGAUUUUGUUCAUUUUCUCUGGUUGCCCUAGCUCGUUGCGCU